AUGAAGGACAAAUCUCGAUCUCGGUCCCACGGUUCCCCAGUAUUAGAUGAUCCACUGAGUUGCUAUGGAAACAGGGAUUCAAGCAAAGACGCUCUCAAGUCCGUCAAUCUGGACUUUGACGCCCGCGUCCCUAUCCCCUUCAGUGUCUUCCCGUCGUCGUACCGGAGUGACGCUGUCUCUGAAACUACUCAGACGAGAGUAGAGGGAGAAGUUCAACUCGAUCGUACUUCGCACGUCGAACGGGAAGAUACUCGGGUUGCUGCCACUCUCCCCGACCCUCGAGUCCACGGAAAGGAAGAAGGCGAAUUCCGCGUUAUCAAAGAAGAUCGUUCGAGCUUCCCUCGUCAACACUUCGAGCAGCGCAAUUACUCAGCCGAGGUUGAUCUGACCCGUGAACGCUACCCCAAUUACCGCGAGUCUACUGCUCGUUUCGAAGAACAUCGUCCCGUCUACGACCAAGCCGUCGAGACUCAACUAGACAUCACUGAGAGAGAGUAUCGUCGUCGCACUACUCCUACCUACGACCUCGACGUCACUUACGAUCGUCGUUACUCUCCCGUAGACUCAUCCGAGUACCAGCCUGCCCAGCCCGCAGACUACUCUUACGAGCGUGCUUAUCAGUCUCAUCCCACCAGCACUUACCGAGGCGAAGACUUUACUCGUCGCUCGGUUGAUAUCCAUCAGUCUCGUCACCCCGCUCCCACUCAAAUCACUCAGACCACUGUCCGUGAAACCGUUAAGCCUCGCAAGAUGGGUUACUACGACGACGACGGCCAGUACCACUCCUUCCGCCGCGGCGUGGAGCGUGCUGCCGACCGCGUCCUGCACCCCUUCCACCACCAUGAGCGUGAGGAGGUUGUCGUCAGCGACGAGCGUGGUCCUGCCCGUGAGGAUGUCCGCAUUGUCGAGCCCCGCAACCGCGGUGUCGCCGGCGAGACUGUCCCCAUCCCCUGCCACUUCAUUCGAAUUGGUGACAUCCUGAUCCUGCAGGGUCGCCCUUGCCAGGUCAUUCGUAUCUCUGUCUCCCCCCAGACUGGUCAGCACCGCUACCUUGGUGUUGAUCUCUUCACCCGCCAACUGCAGGAGGAGUCCUCAUUUGUCUCCAACCCCUCUCCCUCCGUCGUUGUCCAAACCAUGCUCGGUCCCGUCUUCAAGACCUACCGCAUCCUCGACCUCCGCGAUGACGGCCGCCUGGUUGCCAUGACCGAGACCGGUGAUGUCAAGCAGAGCCUUCCUGUCAUCACCCAGGGAAGCUUGUUCAAGCGUAUCGGUGACGCUUUCGCUGACGGCCGUGGCUCUGUCCGUGCCCUCGUCAUCAACGACGGUGGCCGCGAGCUCGUGGUUGACUUCAAGGUGAUCCACGGCUCCCGCCUUUAA